AUUCAUCCCAUGCAUGCUGAGUCCUCUUCUCUCUCAUUGAUUGAACCAAAUAAGAGUCACGAAAAUGGAUCUUCAGCUUCUCCUUGGGACUUUCUUCCUUUCAGCGCUUCUUCUUUACUUCUUUUUCCACCGUCACAGCCACCACCUUCCACCGUCUCCACUAUUAUGGGUUCCAGUAAUUGGGCACAUGCACCUCUUGGGUCCCCUUCUCCACCACUCCCUCCACCGUCUCUCCCUCCGUUACGGACCCUUAUUCUCUCUUCGCCUUGGUUCCGUUCCCUGCGUUGUCGUUUCCUCCCCACACUUUGCUAAGCAAUUCCUUCAAACCAACGAGCUUGCCUUUAGUUGUCGCUUGGAAAGCACUGCCAUAAAACGUCUCACUUACGAGUGUUCUCUCGCUUUUGCACCCUACGGUGAUUAUUGGCGCUUCAUUAAGAAGCUGAGCAUGAAUGAACUCUUGGGCUCUCGUAGCGUCAACAACUUUCAACACCUGCGUGCACACGAGACUCGUAGGUUUCUAAAGUUGUUGAGCCAGAAAGCUAAGGCUUGUGAAGCCGUGAAUGUGACGGAUGAGAUGCUUAAGUUGACAAAUAACGUUAUUUCUAGGAUGAUUUUGGGGGAGGCAGAGGAAGCAAGGGAUGUGGUGCGUGGUGUGACCAAGAUCUUCGGAGAGUUUAAUGUUUCGGAUUUUAUUUGGUUGUUUAAGAGUUUUGACUUCCAAGGUUUUGGGGAAAGGAUAGAGGAUUUGUUCCGGAGGUUUGAUUCGUUGGUGGAAAAGGUUAUCAGCAAACGCGAGGAGAUGAGGAAAAACAAAGCGAUAGAGAAUGGAGAGAGUUGGAGGGGUGAGGGUGAAAUCAAAGACUUUCUUAAUAUUUUGCUUGAUUAUGUCGAUGACGAGAGCUCUGAGGUGAAAAUCAACAGGGUUCACAUUAAGGCCUUGAUUAUGGAUUUCUUUACAGCGGGGACAGAUACAACGGCCACUUCAACAGAAUGGGCAUUAGUGGAACUCAUCAAGAACCCUUCGUUACUACAACAAGCUCGAGAAGAGAUCGACAAGGUGGUGGGAAAAAGUAGACUUGUUGAAGAAUCCGAUUUUCCAAAUCUACCCUAUUUGCAAGCCAUUGUUAAGGAAACAUAUCGACUACACCCACCAGUGCCUUUGGUUACUAGAAGAUGUGUGACAGAAUGUAAGAUUGAAAAUUAUGUCAUUCCGAAAGAUACACUUUUGGCUGUCAAUGUUUGGUCCAUUGGAAGAAACUCAAAUUAUUGGGACAACCCAUUGGAGUUUUGUCCAGAACGAUUCUUAAAUAUUGGUGAAGGUGAUUCAAAAGGGCUCAUAGAUGUAAGGGGUCAGCAUUUUCAACUUUUGCCAUUUGGGUCUGGCAGGAGGAUGUGCCCUGGAGUAAAUCUAGCCAUGCAGCUAGUGCCAGCACUGCUUGGGGCUAUUAUCCAGUGCUUUGAUUUUCAAGUGAUGGAGUCCAAAGGUGUGGUUUUGAAUGAUGAUAACAUGGUGAUUGAUAUGGAUGAGAGGCCCGGUUUGACGGCUCCAAGGGCUCACGACUUAGUGUGUGUUCCUGUUGAAAGGGAAAGGUUCAACUACAAACCACUUUAAAUGCUUCGUUGCUGAUUCAUCUCUCCAAUCAGAUUGCACCUUCGUUACGUGCUUUUCUACUCUUUAUUAGUGUAUUCGUGGGAGCAUCCUUGUUAGUUGCAAUGGGAGUACCUACGAUUGCUGUCUAAUUAAAUGCUUGAUUGCUGAUUAUUGAUUCAAUUAGGUGCCUUUUUCUACACUUAAUAAUUAUUGCAUUCAUUGGAGCAUCCUUUUUUGU